AUGCCCUUCAACAAUUUUUCAAAUAACCAACAGUCAUGGUACUCUGUCUUUUGUUUCUUUACACCAGUCUAUUGCGAAGGACAGGAAAAAAAUGCGAUGAAUACCACUCCUGAAGAAUGGGCAGAUGACUUGGUCAAAUCUAUAUGGCGACCAGUUACCAUUGGAUUGGCGAUCGGCUUGCCCACAAUCUAUUUUAUAUCCACUUACCUCAUUGGCAAACGUUACAAAACAGUUGGCCACAUUCCACCCGAGGCAUUUGCCAGCAAACAAGUUAUUCGAGGCAGAGUAACCUCUGUAGGAGACAGUGACAAUUUUAGACUUUACCACACCCCUGGCUGGGGCUGGGGUUGGCUCCGCAAGAUACCCACCACUCGCAAAGACCUCAGGAAUCAAACGAUCCCUAUUAGAAUUGCAGGUGUAGAUGCACCCGAAGGAGCUCAUUUCGGUAUGCCAUCUCAGCCCUUCUCAGCCGAAGCAAAAUCAUUUUUGACAGCUAUGGUUCUCAAUAGAGAUGUAAAGGUGCAAUUAUUGAGUAGGGACCAAUACAGCCGAGUGGUUGCCAUGGCUUAUGUGCGCCGCCCUCCCUUCUUUCGUUCAAAGAAUGUUUCGGUCGAAAUGGCCAAAGAGGGACUGGCAAGCGUCUAUGUGGCCAAGGGAGCAGAAUACGCCAAUCUCUUACCAGAUCUCGAAAAAGCAGUAACAAAAGCAAAGAAGCAGCAAAAAGGAAUUUGGUCAUUAAAGGCCUAUGUAUCCCCCGAAGAUCACAAGGCAAAGUAA